AUGGCUAUUCCAGAGAAUACACAAACCGUGUCCAAUGGCACAACGAACGGAAGCGGAUAUGCUAUUCCAAAGGAAAUGAAGGCCAUCCGUUACAAUAAGAUCAAGGACUUCUCGCUUGUUACGAUGCCAGUCCCGCAACCAAAAGCUCAUGAGGUACUCAUUAAAGUGAAAUCGUGCGGCAUAUGCGGCACAGACCUGCACAUCCACAAUGGCGAUUUCGAGUCAGCAAUGCCUGUGGUGACAGGUCAUGAGACCAGUGGCAUUGUCGUGAAGAUCGGCGAGUCCGUGAGAGGGUUCAAAAUCGGAGACAAGGUUACUGCGGACAAUUCAGAGCUUUGCGGGUACUGUCAUUACUGUCGCGAAGGCAAGCUGCUCUACUGCGAGAACUUUCAGGCUCAUGGGGUACACCUGGACGGAGGCUUCGCCGAGUACUGCGCUUACCCAGCUGAAAAGCUCUUCCACUUCGAAAAGUUGUCGUGGGAGGAAGCCACCCUGUUCGAGUCCGCGUCCUGCGCCAUCCACGGCAUGGACCGCAUCCGCCCAUCCGUUGGCUCCAGCAUCCUGCUGAUCGGUGCUGGCCCAACAGGCCUGUGUCUCGCUCAACUGCUGAGAUCCAACGGCGGUGCGCAUCUGGUUCUGGCUUCGAACCAAGGACCGAAGAUGGAUCUUGCAAGAAAGCUGGACUGCGCAGACGAAUAUCUCGACCUCGAUCGGCAGGAUCCCAGCAAGCAGUGGGCGGAUCUUAAGAAGAGGUACCCGUAUGGAUUUGAUGUUGUGGUGGAGGCGUCGGGGUCUGCCGCCGUGUUGGAAAGGGCGGUUGACUAUUGCACCAGAGGUGGGAAGCUAGUAUACUACGGCGUGUAUCCGAAAGAGGCACUGAUUGCGGUGUCUCCCUCCCGGGUUUUCUCGGACGAGAUUACGAUAAUCGGGUCGUUCUCUGAGAUGUGGUGCGUAGGAAGAAGUGUCAAGUAUCUCGAGAGUAGGAAAGUGGACGUGCGAGGAAUUGUAACGCAUACCUUUCCGCUAGAGGACUUCGGUAAGGCACUGGAGGCAGUGCGAACAAAGAGCGUGAUAAAGGCGGCGAUCGUGUUCAACGACUAG